AUGUCUGCAGUGGAUCAGCUCAAACAGCAGAAUGCUGCUCUACAAGCGAGCGUGGGCAAUCUCUCUAAGGUAGCCCAGGGAGCUCAAUCCACCGCGAACAAGUCCACGGCGGGAGCCACCAAGACAGCAACGCCCGUGAAGAAAGCGACUACGAACACUGCUACGGCUGCCAAUGAUACAGCAUUGCCCGUGAGGAAGGCACCUCGCAAGUUGGACCGAAACAGCCCUACUACCAUCACCAACAACACCACUGCGUCGAAGACCACAACACCUGUGAAGGCUGCUGCAACAAAGACUGCUGUGGGAACGAAGAAAGUCGCUCCACCAGCAGCGGCCACGAACAAGGCUACACCAGUGAAGAACACAACCUCAACCAUUACUCCGGCCAAGAAAACACCCGUCACAGCCGUACAAAAGAAAACUCCUGUAACACCCGCAAAGAAGGCUCCUAUAACAUCAACACCAGCCAAAACCACCAACACAACCACCACCUCAAAAGCAACACCCGCCCGCACUCCCCUCGGCACGAAGAAAAACGUGCCCGCAUCCCGCACAACCGCUGCCUCCACCACCACCGCAACCCCCAAGAAAACCCCCAUCCAAAGCACCAUCCCGGGCGGCAUCAAGCCGACCCCCACCGCCGUCCAAAAAGCCAACCCAGCCCCCUCCCCCGCCACCAAGAAGUCACCCAAUGCCGUGGCCCGCGGUGCGGGCGCCCUCGCUGGCGCCACGAACCAGACCGUCGGCCUGACGACCGGCACGUUGAACACCGUGACCGACUCCGCGACGACGGGCGUCAACAAGACGGUCAACGGCGUCACGGGCGUCGCUGGGAAGGGGCUCGACAAGCUUCCCGCCGGUGUUGGCAAGCCCGUCAAGCAUGUCACCGACGGGGUGGGGAAGACGGCGACGGGCGCGACGGAUAACGUAUACUACACUGCCGGUGCGGCGACGAAGGGGCUCCAAGGUACGGCGAGUAAGACUACGGGUGCGUUGAGUAGGGGGGAUGUCAAGGGGACGGUUGGAGGGUUGAGCAGUGGGGUUGGGAAUACGGUUAAGGGGACUGGGAAGUCGGCGAUGCAGUCGGCGGAGUCGGCUCGACCGUCGGUGGUCCCCUCGGCGACGUCGUGGGUGGAGUGGGUAAAGGCGCUGGCGAUGCCGUUGGCGGCAUCACUGGCGGUUUGGGCGAGGGCGUCGGCAAGCUGGGCAAGGGGGAUGUCAUUGGAGGACUUGGAAGCACUGUCGGUGGGCUUCACAAGGGCGUUGGGGGCUUGA